AUGAUACAUAAAGAUGCAGGAAAUGAUAAUGAUAGAUAUCCUGAUUUGGUUACUGAGAGAGCACAGACUACAGAGCAUGAGGGACCAAAGAGGUGGGGACUGAGAGGAACAGGAAGUGAGAAUCAUGUUAAAAAGAGCUGGACUCUCUAACGGAAUACAGACACACACAAACAGGCGUAAUGUACAUAUGGCUCCCACUCAGCUACUCUUCCUCUCCAUCUUCUUCCUCUCAGGUGCUGGUGCUGUGUCCACAGUGAGUAAUGUAGCAGUACAGAGCGGAAGAUCUGUCACCAUCCCAUGUCACUAUGAUAGGAAAUAUGAAAAGCAUGUGAAAUACUGGUGUUGGGGGAAAAAUUGGAGUACAUGUUCUUUUGUAGUGCGCACUGACUCUCCAAAAGUUGAAGGUGAAACGUCAAUCACUGAUGACCCCGACAAUCAUGUGUUCACUGUUACCAUGGCGAAGCUGAACACAGAGGACUCUGGAUACUACUGGUGUGCUGUAGAGAUCGGGGAUCAUUUGACUGUAGAUGAAAGAAAAUAUCUGUACUUGUCUGUCACUGCAGGCACUCCUGGACUCUGGGUUGACCAGCAGGAGGUGACCGGCGUGGAAGGGGGCCAUGUCAGUGUGCAGUGUCACUAUGAUGAACCGAGCAGCAUGAAGAAGUUGUGCAGGGCUGAGGGCUCCUGUGUGGAAGUGAAUUCUGGAAGAUUAGAUAUCAAAGACAACCGCUCUAAAAAGGUCUUCAUUGUGACGAUGAGGGAGCUGAACAGGGAGGACGCUGGCUGGUAUUGGUGUGCUGCUGGAGAACUACAGAUCCCUGUUCACAUCACGGUCACUAGGAAAACUACAACGACCACAGUCACCACAGCACUGUGCACAUCUCUUCCGGUUGGCUCAGCAGUCACACCAGCAACACCCACCGAGCCCUCAUCUUCUAAGCGGACCGCAGCCACAGGGUCUCUCUCAUCUUUACCACCAACGGCCACUAACGAUAACAGUCUUUCAGACCUCACAUUCGUCCUGAUGACAUCUGGGGUACUGUUGCUGGCGGCGGCUGUUGCCAUGGUAACCUGGAAGCUGUGGACGAAACACAAGAGCGUCAAGGCGAACGCGAGAGCAAGAGAGGACAGGAGAAACGAGGUGACAACUGAAGUGACCUACAGCACAGUGUUCACCAAGACACAGUCAUCAUCACACAGAAUGAGUCCCCCUCAGUCACAGUCAUCUGAGCGCUCUGCAGAUGAGGUCAUGUACAGCUCGGUCAACCUGCAACAUCCACAGGCCACACACUCCCCUAACCAGUCUCCAGCAGGAACAGCCGAUGAUGUGAUUUAUAGCUUAUUAGGCCAGCAUAGAAAAAUAGUAGGGGGCGACAAUGUAAUUAAAGGUGACGGUCCCAACGGGAAUUCUAUCUGCGUGCACGAGGGAGGUGGCCGUGAGUAACCGGAGGAUUCCCGUCAAACUCAGUCAUUCACCCCAUUUCAAAUGUUGGACUCUGCUGCCCUCUGCUGGACAAAAAAAGACACCAUCACUUUCCUUACUUGGUGAUGCAUUGAUGCCCGCUGCUGGACCGAUUGGACAUGCUCAACUUUCUGCUUGGAGAUUGAAAAUAAAAAUAAAAAAAAUGAAUAAAUAAAAACAUGGUAUAGGUCAGUGAAUCGCAAACCACAAUUGCAAUCUCUGAAUUUUAACGAGUUGUUAUUUUUUCUUAAUUAGGUGUUUGUAGUUAUAUGUAAAUAAAGGAAUAAGGAGAUUACCUUUCUUUAUUUUCUUUUCCUUUGUGAGAGUAGCGCAUGCCUCCGUUAGACUGUUCAGGUAUUAAAAGGAUAACUACGAUUUAUUUCGUCUGGGCCUAAUUUCUUCCGGUGAAGAGUUAGCCGGGGCUACGAUAGCCACAACACACUCAGACGUCCCGAGCUGACAUCGUAUUCAAUCAGCCGGCGAUUUCCUGACUGCAAAGCUUCAUGCUAAACGGGCUACAGAAAAAUACGUGAUAUUUAACCCAUGUAUUUGGUUUGCGUCAAAUUGACCCAUUUUAAACUUUUAGUAAAUGAGGAAUGACAUUGGUGAGCAAUUAAUUUUAUAACCAGGGACUGAUCCUUUGUAAAUCUGGUUCUUGUUUAAGUUUGUAUCUGUUGUUUAUCAUCUGUAUUGCAAUGUGUCUUUUUUUGCCAAUGUAGUUUCUUUGAAUAUAAUAAGAUAAAAUUUAAAAAUAUGGUAUGUUAGUUCAAAACAAAUGCCAAGAGCUGGUGCAAAGAAAGUGUAUUAACAGUAUUGUAACCAUGGUGAUCUCCAAAACAGGACAAAAAAGUGCAAGUUAACAAUCAGGCUUAAUGUAAAUACUGGCGAAAUCAACAUACCUAUCAUUAGUUAACUGCUAAUAUUUUUAUGACCUUUGAGAUCAUGGUCUUUUUUCAAGGGGCCCUGCAAUGCACAACUCACAACAGCUAAAAUACAGUACACUGUAAAACAUAAUGUUGAAAAACCAUUUAAUAAAUUUACUGUAAAAUUCCUGUUAUUUUAUGGAAUAACCAUUAAGAAGUGAGUUCAAUUAUCAGUCAUUGCUGUUAAACUACAUUACUUUUUUAAGGUUCUGCAAGAUCAUUCAAAUGUCAAUUUAUUUGUAACUAUUGUCCUCCGCUCACCUUCUGCAUUGUUCAAUCAGUUGUUAUCAACAAACUC